AAAAAAUACAAUUUGUGAAUUUCAUUCAAUAUUGACCAACUCUCUUCCUAUUUUAGUGUUGUCGGGCUUUGUGUUAUGGACUCUAAACCUCGUAAAUCUGGUUCCUUAACAUCAUCAUCUUCAUUAUCAUCCUCUUCAUCGUCUUCUAGUUCAUCCAGUGGUGUGGGAUGCUCGGUUUCUUCUGAUUUUGACAGUUCAAUUCUUGAAGAUAUCCUCACUGAAAAAAAAUUGUCUUUGAUGAGAUCGCCUCUUGUUUUAAAUUACCUCCAAAAGUGUAUGAAAUCGGAUUCACCGAAACAUUGAAGUCGUAAUUUGUGUAUAUUUAUCAUUACCUGUGGUAUUCAAAAAUUUUUGGUUUUUUGGCAAAAAUAAUCCGACAAAAUGUCAUUAGCUGAUGAGUUGUUGGCUGACCUUGAAGAUGAUGGUGGAUAUGAUGAUACCAAUUUGUCUGGUGAUUUACAUUCGGGUGAAGCAUCUUAUUCUGGAUUCAAUCAUGUUAGUGCAGGGGAAGAAAGCAUGGAUAUUGAUAUGACCAGUUCAAUCAGGAAGUUAGCUACUAUUCGAGAUUCAGAUGAAUUGAAAAGAAUCAUGUUAGAAAUAGAGAAGAGAACUGACCAGCAAGGAAGCUUCAUUGAUAAAGACAGCUUAGAUGGACCCGUUGAAGCUCAUCCUGAAUAUAAAUUGAUUGUUGAAGCCAAUAACCUAACUGUCGCAAUUGAUGACGAUAUAAAUAUAAUCCAUAAAUUUGUCAAAGAUAAAUAUAGUAAAAGAUUUCCAGAGCUUGAUUCACUUAUACCAAAUGCAUUGGAAUAUUUAAUGACUGUCAAGGAGUUAGGCAAUGAUCUGGAUAAGGCCAAAAACAAUGAAAUAUUACAAAAGUUUCUGACUCAAGCUACAAUCAUGGUUGUCAGCGUUAGUGCAUCAACAACACAAGGAAUCAAACUUUCUACGGAAGAGCUGAAUGCUGUUAACGAAGCUUGCGAUAUGGCAGUCGAGUUGAAUACAUUUAAGUUAAAAAUAUUUGAAUUUGUCGAGUCAAGAAUGUCUUUUAUAGCCCCGAAUGUUUCAGCUAUUGUUGGUGCAAAUAUCGCUGCAAAAUUAAUGGGAUUAGCCGGAGGUCUAACCAAUUUAUCUAAAAUGCCAUCUUGCAAUGUCGAGGUUCUUGGAUCGAGGAAGAAAACCUUGUCUGGAUUUUCAUCAACUCAAGUCUUACCCCACACCGGUUUUGUAUUUCAAACUGAUAUAGUGCAAGACACACCGCCUGAUUUAAGACGUAAAGCAGCACAUCUUGUAGCUAAUAAGUGUACAAUAGCAGCUCGAGUUGAUGCAUGCCAUUCUUCACCAGAUGGUAGUCAAGGUAGAAGUUUUAGAGCCAAAAUUGAACGAGCUCUUGAUAAGUUACAAGAGCCUCCACCUGUUAAACAAGUUAAACCAUUGCCACCACCGAUUGAUCAACCGAGAAAGAAGCGAGGAGGUAAAAGAGUGCGAAGAAUGAAAGAAAGAAUGGCGAUGACUGAAUUUAGAAAGCAAGCCAAUAGGAUGAACUUUGGUGAAAUUGAGGAUGACGCUUAUCAAGAAGAUUUAGGUUUUACCACUGGACAGAUAGGAAAAUCAGCAAUGGGUAGAAUCAGAGCCCCUCAAAUUGAUGAGAAAACCAAAGUUCGUAUUUCUAAAACACUUCAUAAAAACUUGCAAAAACAACAAGUUUAUGGUGGAACAACGACCGUUAAAAGACAAAUUUCUGGUACAGCAUCUUCUGUCGCAUUCACACCUCUUCAAGGUCUAGAGAUUGUUAAUCCACAAGCAGCUGAAUCUAAAACAAAUGAUACUUCAGGAAAAUAUUUCUCAACAACUGGUGGCUUCUUUAGUGUUAUCAAGAAAACUGCUUAAUCUAAAUUGAGUGAUCAAGUUUUAAUUUUUCAAAACUUUAUUACAAAACGAUAUUCUUGUAUUGUCAUAAUAAAACUAUUAAAACUUUAUGUUUAAGACUGUGAA